AUGUAUGUCUUAGUAUAUGUGGAUGAUAUACUCUUGACAGGAAAUAUUCCCUCGCUGAUUCAAGACAGUGUCCAGAAACUUAACACUCAGUUUGCUUUGAAGAUUCUUGGAUCUUUAAAAUAUUUUUUGGGUUUUGAGGUUACCCGAGAUGCAUCUGGUCUUUACAUGAAUCAAGAAAAGUAUGCAAAGGACAUUCUCAUCAAAACCAAAACGGUUGAUUGCAAACCAUGUUCUACUCCAAUGGCAGUUGGCUCUAAACUCACUCCUGAUGACAGUGAUCCAUUUGAUAAUCCUGCUCUUUACCGCAGUACCAUUGGAGCCCUGCAAUAUCUUAUCCUGUCUAGCCCAGACAUUGCUUAUUCAAUUAAUAAACUGAGCCAGUUUUUAAAGGCCCCAACACAGCUUCACUGGCAGGCCUGUAAAAGGCUACUGAGAUAUGUUAAAGGAACUUCUAAUUAUGGAGUUCACUUCACUAAAAGUCACCUGUUUCAGCUGGAAUGUUUUGCUGAUGCUAACUGGGCCAAUAGCUUGCAUGACAGACGAUCAACCAGUGGCUGCUAUGUGUUCCUUGGAUCCAACCUAAUUAAGUGGUUUUCUAGAAAACAGAGAGUUGUUGCUCUGUCAUCUACUGAAGCAGAGUAUCGAGCCCUUGCACAAGGAUCAACUAAGAUUGUCUAG